AGUUGGACAGCUUCACAGUUCUCGUGGAGGGUUUUCUCCUGCUCCUGCAUCGUCGACGCGUACACACUAAGUUUCUCCUCAUCCACCAGCCUCUUUGUCUUUUGCUUUUUCUGCACCUCUCCUGUUGUGUCGAGGUGUUGAGGUCACUGAUUAGAUGAUUCUGCACAUUACACUUCAUCUCCCAUAUCUUUUCGUCUUCUCUCUAUUGAAGAAGGACUUGAAGCAAUUUGAAGUACAAGAAUCGCUAGGUCCAAAGAACUGAAGCAUUUUCAGGACAUCAGCAGUCUGUACGUCUAUCGCCACAUGCAGAAGACAAGAAGUAACUUUUCAAGAAUGACGGACGACGGCAUGCUACUUAAUCUGAGACGUCGCAAACGCUAUCUGUUGUGGUUUAUCAUAAACAAUAAGCUAGACUAGCGGGAGGUAGAAAUCAUCAGGGAAAUCUUAGGCAGGUCGCUGGUGAGAUUUACGCCAUCGCCUCCGCCUCAUCUUCAUCACCUUCCCAAAAACUUUAGGACGAAGCUCUCUUCUGUUGUUGAUGAAGGCCGCAACUGGUUUCUACUGCUACCGUUUUUACUGCUAUCACUCCUACUGAUACGGAACAGUGCAAUUAGUUGAGAAAUCUACUAUGGAACUAUGUUGGACUAUGUUGUAACUAGUCUUCCUUUCAUGAUGUGAAUUGCAUGUGCUGUUUGUGUACAAUGAUCAAGAGUAAUAAUCAAGAGUAAUAAUCAAGAGUAAUAAUCAAGAGUAAUAAGCAAGACUUGUACAACAUAAUCACAAUAAGAAUAAGUGGGUGUCUGUGUCUCUGUCUUAUCCAUAUAGAAGGUGGUACAACAACUCCCAAAGAGGAGCUAGAUCCUAAACUCAAAGCUGCUUUUAGGAUAUAAUUGGUCUUAUUAUAUAUAUAUAUCAAUGAUCAAUCAGCAGUAGUGUAUGGUGCCACCAAUUCUUGAGAACCCAAGUUAUAGGGGAGCGUCGUUCCCAAGUAAGAAGGCUAAUUAAUUAUAUUUUCUAUACCCCAUAAUUGGGCACACUACUGCUACCACUAAGGGAAAGGGGGGGAGCGACAUUCCCUUAGUGACAUUCUCAAUGAGUGCAGAUGCAGAGCCAAAAACGCAACACACGCAACGGACAGAGCAGAAAGGCAAACGACACAAAAGGAAAAAUAGACGAAGGGGGGCGCAUUUGAGUGAAGGCAAGCCAAAGCAAGCGGAGAGGGAGGCGCCUGCAACUGAAGGAGUUCUACCAGGAGAGCACUUUUCGCUGCAGUAUAUUUGAUAAGUGUACAGGUCAACGCCUAAACCAAGAAGCCAACUGCGCAGUUGGCUCACUUAGUGGCUUAGGCGUUGACCUGUACACCUAUCAAGCAAAGUGCCGAGGGCUCGAGUCCCGGCAAUAUCAAAAAAAUGACAGAGCCAGACACGCGCCGAGGGUAAAUGGUGGGGGGGCGUCGGAUUGAGCGCGUUUCAGUGCGCACACCCGCCACAAAAUGAGCCACGUUGAGGACGCAGCCACCGACGAGCCCGAAAUCGGCAAACUACUCAACCCGCCCCACCCGAUGAGGGGGGGGCCUGGCCACUGUCUGAGAUCGCGAGAGUGGCGCAGGCUUAAAGGAGCCGGGCAGCUUAGCAAUACCGGCCGCGGGCCUGGCGGUGACCCACCUAUCCACGGCAGGGGGUGCCUGGCGACAGUGAUCACAACGAAGGCGGCCGAGCCCACCCCUGUAGUUCGAUUGAUAAGGGUACAGGUCAACGCCUAGACCACGACUAAGCCAGCCGCGCAGUUGGCUUAGAUAGUAGCUUAGGCGUUGACCUGUACACUUAUCCCUUUUGAUGACAUUUCUGAUUUUUCACCACAACAAACUUCUACCUCACUACUUUGAGGUGAGCAAGAUUUUAAUCACUAAGAUUUCUUUUUAAUCAACGAAUAUAUAAGAUUAAGGUUAUAUUUGAAUGAGAUGUCUAGUAAGAGGAGGAGGACCAUGACCAAGUGUACUAUCUAGGAGAACUACGAGGAUGAAUACGACUAUGUAUCUAUGAACCUCUACCUUCAUCUUCCUUCACUUUGCAAUUUAGUGAAGAUAGUGUAGAGCAAGCAAAUGCGAAAGUAGUUUGAGUAUAUAGUUUUGUUCAAUUCUUCGUCUAGACCUAGCGGUGAUAUCUGCAAACACAAAUAGCUGGUCUAGUACCGGCACUGAUAAAAUUAUUCUGAUGCCUAUUAAAAUGAUUCUUAUUCUUCAUAAGUAAUUAAUAGUUGUUCAUUUUUCUUUCAUGAAUCUGUCUGAAUCGUGUCAAUAGAAAUAUUAUAGGAAUCAUCAAUAUACGUACUACAACCGACGCAGGCACUACAUUUUGGAUCACUUUUCUACUUGGUUGUAACGCCAAAGAUUUUUCUAAAGAACACUUUUUGUAUUAGGAUUAGGAAGACCGCCGACCUUUCAAGUUAAGACUUAGUAGGGUUGUCAGACUUAGUAGAUUGUCAGACUUAGUAGAUGAACGAAUAGAAUGCAUAGUCUUAGUACUCCUUGUGUCGUAAGCACUUGUGUCUUAGGUAUCUCUGUUUCUUGACCGCGCUAAGUCACUAUAUGUUGACCUUAAGCGUGAAGUUCUAAAUAAAUGUUUUUGUUGUAUCAAUAAUCUAAUGUGAAGUUCUGAUUUAUAUGUACUCACGCAAUGUAGAAACCCUUAAGCCUACCUAAAACCGUAUUAACCGUACUAGGUGCCUCAUAUUAGCCCAACCAUAACUACAUAUUGUACUACGUACCUGACAUUUUGUACUUAAUUAUUUCUCUUAAAUUUCUAUCGCUGAUAUUGUUCUCUUAAAUUUCUAUCGCUGAUAUUGUAUUUUUCCGUUCCUUUUUUGAAUUUUCCAAAAAAAUGAUGUCUUCUCCGUCUGUCGCAGGAAAAGAGAAUAUGCUCAAGCCAGAGGAUUCGUCCUCUGCAAACGUCAAGAAAAGCAGUACUUCCACCUCUCCCAGAAAGUCCCCGAAGAAACAAGAAGAGGAGAAGAAGGAGACUACUAGCAGCAGUGCUAGUACCUCUCCAGCUUCACCACAGAACAAGUCUACUUCUCCACCACAGAACAAGUCCACCACAGAGCAAGUUGGAGAGAACACGUCUGCUUCUCCACCACAGAAGAUGGAAAAGUCUUCAAGUGUAGGUGGCGGGAAACAAGUGCCGCGAGAAGAAAUGACGCCGCAGCCUCCUGGACGAUCCUCGUCAAGCUCAAAGCCACCUUCGUUAAGCUCAUAAUCUUCAUUAAAAUCAUAGAUCUUCAGUGUCUUACUCAACAGUUUCGAAAUCACUCACAGUCACAACCCUUUUCAUCAAUAUUUACAGAACAGUCAAUCGACGUGUUAGUUACUUCAACUGCUGCGGCACCACUGGGGCUUCUCCUACUGUAAGUCCAUUUUCCCUACUGUAAGUCCAUUUUCCCUACUGUAGGUUCGUCUUCCCUGCUGGUGUAAGUUCGUCUUCCCUACUGUAAGUCCAUUUUCCCUACUGUAAGUCCAUUUUCCCUACUGUAAGUCCAUUUUUCCUACUGUAAGUUCGUCUUCCCUGCUGGUGUAAGUUCGUCUUCCCUGCUGGUGUAAGUUCGUCUUCCCUACUGUAAGUUCGUCUUUCUCUAAUAUCUUCUUCCGCCGAACAAGAUGA